AUGGGCGCCACCGAGCAGGGGGAAAAAUCAACAGCCUCGGACACGUCAGGCCUGAAGCAAGAAGCUGAGGAGAAGAUCGGCGCGGGGAGCGCCUACCUGAGAGUCUUUCAGUAUGCCACCUCGACCGAAUAUUCGAUGCAGGCAGUGGCCACUUUCUGUGCUAUGGCUUCUGGUGUGGCCAUGGCGCUGGUGAACUUGGUAUUUGGUGAAUUUAUCACCGUCAUCACCAAUUAUGUCACUGGUCUUUCGACCGCCGAUAGAUUCCGCAGUGACGCUGCAAGGCUCGCCCUUUACUUCUUCGUCAUCGGGAUCGGUCGCUUUAUCCUUAGCUAUGGGUACAGCGUCCUCUUUACGCUUGCGGCGUACCGAAUCGCUCGAAAUAUCCGCUACCUGUACCUCAAAGCCGGCCUCAGCCAGGACAUCGCCUACUUUGACUCUGGGAUCGGCGGAUCAAUCGCGAUGCAGGCCACUUCUAAUGGCAAACUGAUCCAAGCAGGCAUUUCAGAGAAGCUGGGAUUGGUAGUCCAAGGAGUGGCCUGUUUCAUCGCUGCCUUCAUCUUGGCCUUUGUCACUCAGUGGAAGCUAACUCUGAUCUGCUGCUGUAUAGCGCCGGCAACGCUGCUGGUGAUGGGCAUAAGUUCCGCGAUGGAAGCUGCGAUUGAGACGAGGAUCCUCCGGGUCCACGCACAGGCCGGCUCUUUUGCUGAGAGUGUCUUGUCAAGCGCUCGCAAUGUCCAAGCCUUCGACCUUCGAACGCGACUCGUGCGAGAGUUCAACAAGUUUCUCAAAGAAUCACACCGUCUGGGAAACCGGAAGCAUGCCGUCCUCGGCUGCAUGUUUUCUGCUGAGUAUUUCGUGAUUUUCGCAGGGGUUGGCUUGUGCUUUUGGCAAGCAAUCCUAAUGUUAGCCCGCAACGAGGUGGACAAGCCUGGCGAUGUUUUUGUGUACAGUAACCCCCUACUCAUGAUUGUUGUCCCCGUACUUACCGGUCGUAGGGUCCUCAUGUCCGUCAUCAUCGCGUCCGCCAGCUUGACUGCCAUCGCUCCAUAUUUGAUCGACUUCAGUCGGGCUGCUUCAGCCGCCGCGGAGCUAUUCAGGUUGAUGGACCAUCCCUCGCCUAUCGACCCCUUUGAUAAAUCUGGCGAGCAACCUUCGAAGAUCGAAGGCACCAUUCACUUCUACAAUCUCAGCUUCAGCUACCCCAUGCGCCCCACCGUUCCGAUCCUCCAAAAUUUCAGCCUGUGCAUUCCUGCUGGCAAGGUGACCGCACUCGUCGGGGCCAGCGGAUCCGGGAAGAGCACCAUCAUCGGGCUCAUUGAACGAUGGUACAACCCAGUAUCUGGCACUUUGAAGCUUGAUGGCCGGCCAAUCGAUAAGCUGAACCUUCAAUGGCUAAGAAAACAUGUACGCCUGGUCCAACAGGAACCCGUCUUGUUCUCAGGUACAGUUUAUGAUAAUAUCGUCAACGGUCUAGUUGGGACGCCUUGGGAGCAUGAACCACGGGCCGAAAAGUUGAUCCGAGUCCAGGAAGCUGCCAGGAUUGCUUUCGCUCACGACUUCAUCAGUGGCCUUCCUGAUGGCUAUGAUACAAUCAUAGGUGAACGGGGCGGAUUACUCUCUGGUGGUCAGAAGCAGAGGGUCGCCAUUGCUCGAAGCAUCAUUUCACAGCCACAGAUUUUGCUUCUCGAUGAGGCUACAUCAGCUCUGGAUCCUCAUGCAGAAGAGGUCGUACAGAAAGCGCUCGACAAUGCUUCCAAGGGCCGGACCACUGUGACUAUCGCUCACAAGCUAGCCACCAUCCGCAACGCGGACAACAUUGUUGUCAUGGACAAGGGCCGCAUCCUUGAGCAGGGCACUCACCAUUCCCUUCUGGAAGCUGGAGGUGCUUAUUCGCGCUUGGUCAAAGCUCAAGAUUUGUCAUUGUCAAUCCAGCCAGACUGCAACAGCAAUAGCUCCGCCACCGAUCAGAAUGAGGCUGACACCGCGGAGCCAGACGAUCUGAGCAAGGUCCUGACACACUAUUCUACGGCCACACGACAACAAAUGGAGUCUGACCUUGACCGAGAUGAUUAUGAUAGAUGGAGGCGUGUUGGACUUUUCCACACGGUUGUAAGAAUUGUCAGGACGACUCCUGAACUUCGAGCGACGUAUUUCUGGUUAGCACUGGCGUGUGCAGGAGCAGCUGCCUCUUUUCCCGGCCAAGCCAUCCUGAUGUCGAAGUUUAUUGAGGUUUUCGAGCUCACCGGCUCUGCGAUGCAGAAGAGGGGAAGCUUUUUGGCUUUGAUGUUCCUCGUCAUGGCUUGUGGCUGUCUUGUCGUCUACUUCGCGCUUGGCUGGACCUCCAACGUCGUUGCCCAGACCCUGAACCACAAAUAUCGAAAGCAAAUUAUGAAUGACAUGCUCCGUCAAGAUCUCAGGUUUUUCGACCGUCCCGAGAACACCACUGGCGCGCUAUCAAGCCGCGUGGAUUCUUAUCCUCAAGCCGUCUUUGAGCUCAUGGGCUUCAACGUUGCUCUGAUCUUUGUUUCCGCCAUGGGUGUAUUCGCAUGUUGUAUUGUAGCCCUGAUCUAUGGAUGGAGGCUAGGCGUUGUCAUCAUUUUCGCUGGACUGCCACCCAUGCUGGCCGCUGGUUACGCCCGGAUACGGAUGGAAGCUACCAUGGAAGCCAAGAUAUCGAAGCGGUUUUCGAUGAGCGCUUCGAUUGCAUCAGAGGCGAUCAACGCCAUCAGAACCGUCUCCUCGCUCGCCAUUGAGGACUCUGUUCUUGACAACUACAACAAAGAGCUUCAGCGCGCGAUAACCGAUUCUUUUUCCCCGAUUCUCCUUAUAAUGCUUCCUUUUGCCUUCACGCAGAGCAUUGAGUAUGCUUUUCAGGCAUUGGGUUUCUGGUACGGAUGCCGGCUGGUCUCUUUUGGGGAAUUGAGCAUGACCAACUUCUUCAUUGCAUUCCUGGGAGUAUUUUUCUCCGGCCAACAGGCCUCUAUCAUCUUUGGAUUCGCAGGCAGUAUGACCAAAGCCACCAACGCAGCCAACUACAUAUUUUGGCUUGAACAACUGCAGCCCAGCAUCCGUGAGACUGAUGAGAAUCGUGCAGUCGCGCCUACUGACUUCAAGUCGCUCGACAUUGAUGGGGUGCAAUUUUCUUAUCCGCUAAGGCCAGAAGUCCGUGUCUUGCGGCACGUCGAUCUCAAGAUCAAGCAAGGCCAAUUUGUGGCGUUUGUUGGUGCCUCUGGCUGUGGAAAGAGCACAAUGAUCGCGAUGUUAGAGAGAUUCUACGACCCUGUCCGCGGUCAUCUCGUUUUGGAUGGUAAGCCGCUGGAUCGAAUGAACCCUUGGCUGUUUCGCAAAGAGGUUGCCCUCGUUGAACAAGAGCCGAAGCUGUAUCCCGGAACCAUACGAGAAAAUAUCUCCAUGGGUGUUGCCACAGACGAUAUGGCAUCAGUUUCUGAGUCGAACAUCAUCGCAGCCUGUCGUUCUGCCAACGCUUGGGAUUUCGUCUCCUCAUUGCCCGAAGGUCUUGACACCCUUUGCGGAUCCAACGGCCUGCAACUGUCUGGAGGACAACGGCAACGAAUUGCAAUUGCCAGAGCGCUCAUCCGGAACCCUCGUCUACUGCUUCUCGAUGAGGCUACGAGUGCGUUGGACACCCAGUCAGAGAGGGUGGUGCAGGAUGCUCUCAAUGAAGCUGCAAAGACUAGUGACAGAAUCACAAUCGCUGUGGCCCAUCGAUUGUCGACCAUCCGACACGCAGACGUGAUUUGCGUCUUCUAUAACGGCAAAAUCUUGGUAACAGGGACCCAUGAGGAACUUCUCGCCAAGAGCAAGAUGUAUCAAAAGAUGUGUGAAGCUCAGAACCUGGGCGCCUGA